AUGACAGACAGUCUGGCUACCGUUCUGGACUCCCCCGACGUGGUGGGCUGGGCGGGCGCGCCCGGUGACACCCUCCGACCGGCCGUGGGUUUCUUCAGCCGAUGGGCGCGCGUCGACGACGACGGCGGCUCGUGCUACGGCGGCGACGGAGGCGACGCUUCGGGAAGGCGCACGGCGACUCGCUGGCGGGACAGCCGCCGAGCGGGCGGUCGUCGGACGGUCGCCUUCGUCAACGGUGCCGAAGACUCGGCGUCAACCAGCGACCCGGGAAUGCCGCCGUUCAAGGACACCAGACCCAACUUCAGGAACAUCUACCAUGCUGGUCCGAAGAGUGAAGGAAAGAAGAGGCACAAGUUUCUACAGAAGCCAAAAGUUGCCCAGGAUGCUGCACAGGAUGAGUUCGGCUCAGCUCUCUUUGGGUCCAGGGUGUCCCUGCGGACCCUGGGGCCCCCAGCACCGGACGCGGCCUCGUUGCACUCGACCGCGGCUGCUGCGACCGGCCCGCCCCUGGUGCCCUUCUUUCCCCCGCGAUCGGUGCUGCGCGGCGGCUUCGGCCGCUACCAGGGCCCGCUGAGCCAGUGGCAGAUCAGCGCCGACAUGUACAUCGACAGCGACAUCCGCAAGAGGGGCCGGCGAAGAGUGGUGAGCCACUCGUGCGGCGAGGCGAAGGCUCCCAUGGCACCAGUGGAGCACGUGGAACGGCGGCCGGCCCGACCACCAGCCGAGCCCUGCCCUCGUCGCGAGGACGUGGACCGUGAGAUGGGCCUACCGCGGCGCCGGCUCGUGCUCAAGGGACCGCUGCACGCCACAUCGUACGCGCACUGGUACUCGAGGGUCUUCAGCCCGGCCUCUUCGUCCAACGAGGACUGUUGAACAUCACGCCGUGUCUGCUGAAUACUAAACUCGAGUGAUCGACGUCGCGAGGUUAUCUACCACCGAGGUGAACGUCUGUGCAAGCCGACCCUCCGCUUCCGCUGCUUAGAGGGCGUGGCGGCUUUGUAACAGAUACAUACUGGACAGCCUCACAUCGUGGACUGACCGCCCGAUAUCACGAAACGUCGUGGUUCGUUCCUAUAAUUCAUUUUCGUGAAUCACUGGCAACUACAACAGAGUUCGUAUACAACUCAGUGCCAGAUAGUCCAGGACCGCAGCGCCUUUUGUAAAUGAGAAACCGUGACACUGUUACAGAACACGAAUUUUCAAAGCAGUCGCUGCAAGAAGCUUAACCAAUGCCGGUAGUGAUCUGUGUUGUGCGCUGCUCGUUUGAUUCGCCAUUUCACAAAGAACAAAGCUAACAGGGACUGGCAUUGUUCGUGCAGACAUGAGAAGGCCAUCUGCUGCCAUUUGUUCAGUGGUUAGGCCUAACAGAGUUGAAAUGACAGUGGUGCCUGCCAUGAAAGUUUGCAUAGUCAGUGUACUUUCGAGUAAUAGAAUAACACAUUCCGGGAGCAAAACAAUGUAUAGUAUUUGCUGAUCUGUAACAAGCACAUGCCAAUAAUAAUGGCAAGUUCAACCUAUAGUUUUGAACUUUCAUCUGAGCUGGCAUGAAAAACAUCGUUUGGCAGCAAGCAGUGUCACCGCAAGUCUCAUUCGUUACUAGAGCACGAUGACAGCAUGCUCUAGUACCAUACAAUACUAGAGCAUGAUGCACUUUGGAAGUGCCACUGCAACAUGUUACUCUACAGCCACAAUAUAUGUAUGGUUUGCAAAUGGUCGUUCAACGAACAAAAAAAAUUAUUCUCGAGUUUAUUCACCUUAACACUAAGGCACUGAGACACUAUAGAUCGCAAACUUGCUUUAUAUUUUGGCGGCACAGCCUUUAAAAACCGCAGACUGGUGGGUGCUCGUUAUAUAUGUUGUACGGCCUGGGGAAAGACGUAUUAGUUAUUUACUAGCAGGAAGAACUUGCAGCAAUUGUCUUAUCUGUCUUAUCGCUAUAGCUGGCUGCCAGCGACUAUCUCAGGUAGCUUUCAAAGCCCCAUGGUGUUUAAUAAAUACAAGUCAAAGCACUAAGCUUGUGCUAGUCCACCUGCACGUGUUUGCCUACACUACACAGAACUACGCAACACAAUGCUGGCAGCAAAGGAGUAAAGGUUGCCCAUCAGGCAUAGCAUAAGCCACAGUUGCGAUGCAUUCCUAGCCUCGAGAACCUGAAAAUGAUGUGUUGCACGCCUGCACAGCAUCAUGAAAAGCUCAAUGUUACUUUUGAAUAGAGUUAAGAUUUAGCAACAUGCGAUAUCAACAGACGCAAUGAAAUUACUGUCAUUUAGUUGCCCUGCUGGAUCACAGUUCUUGGCAUGCCGAAUCAUACAAUCUUCCUGAAAUUCCCAGAACUGUUCUUAUUGAAUUUACAUCCAGUAAUACAUGCCCAUAAGGCACGGAAAUGAGGUCAGAAGUGUCCAAAUACCUUGAACAAGAUUGGCAAUCCAUUUGAUGACGACAGGACUGUAACAGAAGGAUUUCUGUUUUAUAGACAUACCGAAAUAGAACUGUUAAUAGCUGUGGAGCUUUCUGUUGCAUUGUAAGCAGCUUUGAGCACUCUGCCUUACUUUUUUUCUCUAUUCAAUGAAAGUAAUAUCCUUGGAGCAUUGUCUAAUGCUGGCAGGCAGCAGAAUACUAAAAUAAGUACGAAAUGUGUUGCAAGGGUCAUAAUGUCUGCACGUUGUUUCUUUCUUAUCUCUACAGCAAGGAACUUUGCAGGUCAUGCAUUUUUAAUCUUUUUUACUUGCACAAAUAAAAGCGAUAGGCCGAACUUGUUUGAGAGGCAAAAUGGGCAAGUUUAUCUCUGUGUAAGAAAUCUCAAGCUUCGAUUGCUUACAUAGUACACAGCUCCUUGAGUGUGACCAAGUGCCGUAUUUAGUAGUGGGCAAGGUCAGUAACACAAGGCUAGUGAAAAAAGAGCUCGGACAUCACACUUAGUGCGCCAACAUCCCAUAGAUCCAAAAGCAGGCACCGCUAAGCCAGAAGAGAUGCUUAUCGUGCUCAUGCUUUCAUCGCUGCACGAUUUUCCAUAGGAAAGCCUGUUGCAUGUAACAUGAAACAUCCAAGUUUGCCAGUUUAUGUCGUCUGGCUCAGCGGUUAACAGUAUAAAAAUUUUCAUAACAGGUGCACUUCUCUGCAUAGCACAGUUGGCCAACUAAUGGCGGCGCCAUUCGCGAUUCCAAUCAAGAAAUGCUACCUGCACUUAAGGUACUUCUCCUUUGCCCAUGGUUUCAUCAAAAGGGUCACAUUUACAUUUUGUGUCUUAAGCAAACAGCAUUGUAUGUGCUGAUUGCAGAAAUGACUACACUGUCAUUGGCUUUGCAAACUACCUCGUGGGAAAGUUAUAGUUUACAGUUACGAAAAAGGUCCGUGCACAACAUUUUAGCGAAGCAAUGUAGCAGGCAUACGACAGUGGCAGAUAAAUGCUUUCUUCCAUUGUUUCAGUCUAUAAGUGGGCCACAAACACUGGGCACAGAUGGAAUGUUUAACUAAAGAAGCAUUGUUCAAAUAUGCAGUAUGAGCAGUUACUUAGGCAGAGAAAGUGUGCGACUGAAAUUGCCUACUGUGGUUGUUUUGAGCAUACUUGUCUGCACAGCGAUGGCAAAGCCAGCUAUCAAACCAUCUUGGAGAGACAACAGAACACACAGGGUGCCCAAUUUGCAAUGCAUACAACAAAAUGUCGACAUCGUGCUUGUGAUAUUGCUAAAUGUCAGCAUCUGCGGCCUCUAGCAGUUUGGCUGCUCCGUAUCCUUUUUUAUACACAGGUGACUAAUGCACUAGAAGAAUGAAACAAAACAUUGUUUGCCCACUGAGCACAGCUACACGGGUUCCUCUUCUACAAUAAAAAAUUGCAGGACACAUGCUGUUCGAAGUUACCGAGGCCUGAAGAACGGUAGCGAGCAGCUUUGAUACAGGUAGUCACAAUUCACCUCGCAUAGCUGGCAAAGUUCAAACAUUUCUGUGCAAGGCCUUGUGUCAGCAGUGACUAAAACUGACAAGAGAAAAUGUACUCAAGUUCAGUGGCAUAGUCUAUUCUCCUGAGCGCCAUCACAUUUUCCAAGUAGGUGCUUACUACGUUAGGGCCUUGACAUGUGCGACUUGAAUAUCACCAAUUAACAAGGUUAGUCAUUACGCACAUAUAUAUGCACUUCUUAAGCAUUGCACCUACAUACUUUCCAACUAAAAUUUUUUGUAACGUCCAUGAAUUUGGGCUGGUUGUACGAUUUUACGAAUAUUGCACUAAGAUUUAACACCAUUAAAAGUGUUCAAACAUGGUGUGCUGCAAGGUCUAAAAAAAUACACGCAAAAGAAAUUGCAAUUGUACCUGCGCCACUCUUAUAUGCUAGCACAAGAUGCCAUAUACUGGAAAAGUACAGUUAAACUUCGAUAUAACGAAGUUGGUAAAAUCGGCAAUUUGCUUCGCUAUACUGAAAUUUCGUUCAAUUGAAAUUUGACGUUUUAUACAAAGUACAGUCACCGAUAGAUUUUUCUUGCACAGAAAGGGGCCACAUAAUUUUGCGAAUUAACGGGCAACUGGAAAAAGCAAAUUUGAAUGAGAAAACAAUUGAUUUUGAUAAAUUUGGGAGUCGGCAACGAUGACACGGUUUCAUUUCACAUACGUCAACAAUAUCUUCUUGGCGUAUGAAUUAGGCGAAGCCAGCCACACUUUUGCAUGCACUAUGCCCCCGUAGCUGAUAGCGUCGCCCGCACUGGGAGACGCUAUCAGGAAAAGCGCCGGCAGAGGGGAGCGAAUGCUUCGUCUGCCUCUCGCUCCAACAGGUCACUGAAACUCGAGAUUACGCAAACCCCACUACUAAGCACGCGGUUAGAAAGCUUACAUGGUGCCACGCCGUCCUGGCAUGCCCACUCUUUGCGCACGCAGCAGAUUACCUCUAAAGCAGGGUGCGCGGCUGCGUAUGUGCUCAGUUGCACUUAUAGGCAUGGCUGAGAUGCAUGCAAACAUACCACCCGCACCCCCUUGUGCACGGUUGAUCGCAUUACCACGAGCUUGCUCCCCUCCCCUUCUUUCCAUUUGCUCACACGGCAAGGUGGCACUCUUGAAGCCACCACCUUUCUUGUCUCUCUCUCGCACACUUUCACUUGCACCUAAAGCACACAGUGCAUGGGGUGCGAUCCUAUCGCACUAGGACUUUAUACAGAACUAUAUACCAGCUCCCCUUCAGCAGUCGCUCUUGUCACAUGGUGCACGAUUUGAGAGGCGCGUUUGCAAGGAGCCACUUGUAGUUCAAACAUUUGACCAUCUGCAUCCGCGGACGUUUUCAUUUGUCUCAGCAUUCCUUUGCGGCGGCAGUGAAAUUUCGUUAUAUUGAAAUCACAGACAAACGCACUUCGUUAUAUUGAGGUUUUAAAUACAUGUUCUAUGGGCAAGAUGUUAUGAAAAGUUAAAUACUUCGUUAUAUAGAAAAUUUAGUUAUAUUGAAGUUCAUUAUAUCGAGGUUCAAUUGUACUUGUUUCAAGUAAGUUUAUUAAAGAAAGCUUUUCAAGCAGGCAAGAUUUAACAGCAAAGCCGUUGAAAAUGACACUGUGAUGUAAAAACAAUGUUUUGCUUAUCAGUAUUUGUUGUUCCAUGUUUGCUGCUGGCUAUGUUGCUGCGUUUAAAAGUCACCGUUAAAUAAAGGGCACGUGUAUCACAAAAGGUGUGCGCUCAGGGCAAACUUAAACAAAAGAUGGCAUGCUAUUCCCCUUCAUUAUCAUGUUUACGUGAUUGUCACG